CUUUUCUUUAUGAGAUGUCGACACAAAGCUAAUUUAUUUAUUUUUAAUUUUCUAAUAAACAGUAAAAAAGGUCAAUUUUUAGGGAUAAGAUAAAAGUGUAAAAUUGUAUGGAGAUUAUAUUAAAGUUAUCACUUUAGGAAAGGAUAGGAUUUUAAGAUGAGUUUUUGCGUGCCGGUUAAAUCUAAAUGUCAAAUAAGAAGCAUGCGACAACAGCCAGUGUCCUGCUUAAAAUCGAGUACAAAACGAUGUUUUUUAUAUUGUUUACAUUGAAUUAGGGUGCUACGUUUAAGAGCGCAUGCCGUUUUUGGGUAAUUAAUCGCGAAUCUUACAGGACGGGACACAUGGUAAAAGAGGAAAAUGUUAAAAUUCGGCUCAAAAGGUGACAGCAAUAUUGUUUAUAAAUGUACAGUUAGGUUAUUAGAGGAUACCGAGAUUCUUGAAUGUGAAUAUAGGCCACAUCAUAAAGGUAAAUACCUAUUGGAAUAUGUGUGUCAACAAUUAAAUUUAGUUGAGCAAGAUUAUUUGGGACUACGUUAUGUGGAUUUGGCAGAACAAAGGCAUUGGUUGGAUCUUGGAAAAUCAAUUUGUAAACAAGUUAAAGAUCUUGACCCAGUGCUGUUUAGUUUUCGCGUAAAAUAUUACCCGCCUGAUCCGUUCCAUUUAAAAGAAGAGAUAACACGUUAUCAAAUUUUUUUACAAUUAAAACGAGAUCUUCUCCAUGGGCGACUUUAUUGCGUACCAAACGACGCAGCAAUGUUGGCCGCUUUGAUAAUCCAGGGCGAAUUAGGCGACCACGAUCCUGAAGUACAUCUGGGGAGUUAUAUUUCUGAUUUUAAAAUUCUCCUUAAACAAACUGAAGCCAUCGAAGAUAAAGCUAUGGAAAUUCAUCAAAAACAAUUGAAAGGAUGGAGCCCUUCUCAAGUUGAAAAUACAUUUUUAAAGCUUGCUUCGCAAUUGGAUACUUACGGUGUUGAUCCUCAUCCUGUUAAAUUUCAAGAUAAUCGUACUAAUCAAUUAUACUUGGGUAUAAAUUAUAGCGGUAUAUUAACGUUUCAAGGAAGCCGAAAAACGCAUCAUUUCCGCUGGUCGGAUAUACAAAAGAUUAAUUAUGAAGGAAAAAUGUUUAUAAUCCACUUGAAUCAUAACGAUAAAAAGCACACAGUUGGUUUUAAAUGUCCAACUGGAGCCGCUUGUCGUCACGUUUGGAGAUGUGCCAUUGAACAAAUGUUAUUUUUUACAUUACCUACCAGUUCAGAUGCACCGUCCGUUGUAACAGGUGGCGGAUUUUUUUCUUGGGGUACCAAAUUUAAGUACACCGGAAGAACGGAAAAAGAAAUUUUAGAAGACAACGCCAAUUUAAAUAGAGAAGAACCAAGCAUACAACGAACCGCCAGCCUUAGGAGGAAAGCCUCAAGCGUACCGGCCACACCUUCAACUCCUUUACAACCGCAUUUAGGUUAUAGCAGUUUGCCACGGUCCAGUCACUCGGAUGUAGGAGGAUCUAGAAUUGAAAAUAGCAACAGCGCUGGGUUAUUAUCUAGUUUGGAUACUCCUCCGCAACAGUAUGGUGAUAUUGCUUCACUGGAGACUGUUACUGAAGAUCAAGAAGCUGGUGGUGUUGCAAAAUUACGAACUACAGUGUUAAAAGAAGAUUCAAUGGAUCGUUUUAGCGAUUAUUGUUUCCGAGAUUCAUUUGAGCAUUCAUCAUCGGAAUCUCAAUUAAUAGAAAAUAAUUAUAGAGGUUAUGAAACGAAUCAUCCAUCGCAUAGAUCGAGCAGGAGUCAAACGCCGCUUUCGCAUUCGCAGGUGGACGGUCGUAUAUGUUUGCCGAACGCGACGUUUACUACGCAAAAAUCGGUUCAAAAGCCGCGCGCUUUCAACGUGAUGAAAGCAUUCAUCCCUUCCUUUAUAAUAGUGGUAGUAAUUGUUUUGUUAGCCACCGUUGUAAUGCUAGAAACUGAUAGUGAGCUGUUCGGAAGCCUUAGAAGUAUACCUGAAAUCGAAUCGUUAAAAUACCACUUUUACGAGCCCGUGAAGAAGUUUUUUCGUGACAAAGUGCGCUUCUGAUCGGGCUGUUGAAGCUGUACUCCCGUACCUUUGGAAAACAUUCCAGUUCUUGCUUAUAUUUCUAUUGGGCUUUAUGUUUUAUUAAAAAAAAAAGAUUUAGAGAAAAAAAAGGAAGUUGAAUCGAUGUAAUUAAAAAGAGAAUAAAAUAAAAUACAAAGGCAGAAAAUUAUUCAUAUAGUAUAAUAUAUAUUUUGCGAAAAUUUUGCAAUACCGAAAAUACGAAGUGUGUGUGCGUACGCGUUUAAAUGUACGUCCGUUUACAAAAAUUUCACUUUUUUUUCGUUCGAUUUAUUCCAUUUUUCAGAGAGGUGUAACAUAGUUCCUGCUCGCUGUAGCUGCUAAUAACAAAAAAAAAAUAAUGUUACAACUUUUUAAAUAAAUUUUCGAUCAUAGGUUUUCAAACAAGCACAAACUGCAUUUACUUCUUCUUGUUAUCGAAUCGUUAGCUAAUGAAUCUCUUAGAAUCUCUAACUACAUAUUCCGUUUACAUUUAUUUCUUAUUAAUUUUAUGGCACUUGUGUCGGGUUUCUCUCGAUUACACCUUCACGGGUUCCAAAUAUGUUUAUCUGUGAUCUGAUCUCAAAUAUAUAUUGCUGAUAGAAAAUGUGUACAAAACAUAAUAAAAAAAGUGAAAACGAAAGUGACUCCUUAAAAAAAUAUGCUAGAAAUAUAAAGGUGCAAUCAAAAAAUUUUUUUUCUUGUUAAGUUUUCUAUUUUACUUUUAUAUUUUAUACGCUGUUUCGUUUCUAAAAUAAUUUUGUGGGUCCAUGUAAUACAAAAUGUAUUUUUAAGAUGCACAAUUACUACUCAGAGUUAAGGUUAUGUUUAAUAUUUCAAAUAAUGAUAAAAAUAACGAGAUCUAUUUUAAUUAUAUACUUUAUCGUCGCAUCUAAAACAUAUUGAUAAUACAAAUUUAAUUGAAAUAUUUAACGUAACCUUUAAAUUAUUUAAAUUAUUUGUUAUUGUUUGUUAUUUACCGAUUAAUAUACAAGGAUAUUUUAGAUUUAAGAGAGUUAGGGGCUGCAUUUAGAAUACUUAAUGAUAAAUUUUGGGGAGGUAAAAGGGCCAGUUUGCGUUCGGAAAAUAUAUUUGCCAAGCAAUUAAUAUCAAAAAAUAAAAUAAUAACAACAUUCGAAACCUCCAUUCUCUUACUCUACUCGUAGAUCGUCCGUACAACGUGUUUCCUUUAAGAAAUCUCCUUUUUAAGCGUUAUUUUUUCAUGUCCUAAUCUCUAAUGAAUCUAGGUAAUUUAACGUACACCUUUUUGCCAAAUAAAUAAACUUAAGUCAAUUAAAUGUU